UCAAGUUGUUGACUUUCCAAAAUAAUAAAAGGAGAUGAAAUGGCAUCACAAUUCCAUAGCUAAACUGGUGAGUUAUUGAUAAUCUCCAUGGUUGGGGGUUCAGUUUCAUGAGAGAGAGAUGGCUGAAACAUCAGUGGAUUUGCUCAUGGAGAAUUUGAAGGAGCUAAUGAAGAGCAAGAUUGAUUUGAUUCUUGAUGAGAAGGAUCAAAUUGAAUCUCUUUACCAAGAGUUUGGGUUCCUGAGAAGCUUCCUCAAGGACUGGGAGGACAAACUCUGUGAGGCUAAGGAAGUGAGUAACAUGGUGAGACGAAUUAGAGAUUUGGCGAACGAGGUAGAAGAUACCAUUGAUUUGUUAGUUGUUGAGGCUAGCUUGAAGGAUACUUAUAAAUCAGGCAAAGUGGAUCAUGUAUGUGAUCUCUCUUUGAAUCUUGGCAAUUUCAAAGAAGAGAUUGAGGCCAUUAAAACAGAGUUGACAGAGAUUUAUAGCAACAAGAGUCAUGACAUUGGGCCCAUGCAAGAAAGGAAGCCUUCCCGCGGAGAUUUCUCGAGAGCAAAGAGCAUUGUGGGGGAGGAAGAAAUAGUGGUGGGUUUUGAGGAUGAGGCCUUGACGAUAAAAGAUCGACUUACUAGAGAUCAAAAGCAGCUAGAUACUAUCUCGAUUGUGGGGAUGCCUGGACUAGGUAAGACAACUCUAGCCAAAAAAGUGUAUAAUGAUCCUUUGAUAAUAUAUCACUUUCAUAUUCGUGCAUGGAUCAAUGUUUCCCAAGAAUACCGGAAACGAGAUGUGUUACUUAGUCUAUUUUAUUCUAUUAGCCCCCAUACAAGUAGGGCUAAUUCAGCUGGCCAAAAUUCUUGCACUUCAUUAGGAGGUCAAGGGUUCGAGUCUGGUGACAUGCAAAACUCUCCAAUCCCAGACUACGGCCUUCGAUGGGCCAAAGGAAAAAAGGAAGUAAAAGAAAUGAGUGAUGAGGAAUUAGCUGACAAGCUGAGAAAAAGCUUAAAAGGUAAGAGGUAUCUCAUUGUGAUGGAUGAUAUUUGGGAUACUAGGGCUUGGAUUGAUUUGAAAAGUUUAUUUCCAAAUGACAACAAUGGAAGCAGAAUUAUGUUCACUAGUCGGUUUACAAAUGUGGCUUUGCAUGCUAACACCCAUACUCCCCCUCUUUUUUUAAGUUUCUUAACUGAAGAUGAAAGUUGGGAUCUCUUCAAAAAGAAGGUAUUUCGAACAGAUUGGUGCCCUCCGGAGUUGAUGUCGAUUGGAAAGAAAGUGGUAAUAAAAUGUCAAGGACUACCACUUGCGAUUGUUGUGGUAAGUGGAAUUUUUGCAAAUAUAGAGAAGAGUCAAGACCAAUGGAAGCAAGUUGGAGAAAUCAGAGAUUCAUGUGCUGUUCGUGAUCUAAAACUAUGCAUGGAAACAUUUGCAUUGAGUUAUAACCACUUACCUCAUCACUUGAAAUCAUGCUUCCUCUAUUUUGCAGCAUUUCCCAAGGACUUUGAAAUCCCUGUGUGGAAGUUGACACAAUUAUGGGUUGCUGAGGGAUUCAUACGAAAUAUUGGGGAAAGCAGCUUGGAGGAUGUUGCAGAAGAAUACUUGAUGGAUCUAAUAGGUAGAAAUCUCAUAUUAGUUUCAAAAAGAAGGUCUGAUGGUAGAAUCAAAGCUUGCAGUGUCCAUGCUCUGUUGCACGAUUUUUGCCUCAAAAAGGCUGAGGAAGAGUAUUUUUUACAGCAAAUUUUGUGUCUUAAUUUUUUUUUCUCUUCUUCAACAUCAAAGCAUUGUUCACAUGUGCGUCGUCUAUGCUUUGGUUCAAACACUUUGCGAAAUACUUACCUAAUCCCAUCUGGCUUGAACAUCCGCUCUUGCUUGUGCUUUCUCUCUAACUACAUUGGCUUUGAUCCCCAUCUAUUUCUUUCUCACUGCUUCAAACUUCUUAGGGUGUUGGAUAUGAUUUAUAUAGAUUUUACCGCAUACCCCAGUGAGAUAGAACAACUUGUUCUCUUAAGGUACUUAGCACUUGAUAUUCUGUGGAACCCCUUCACUGGUGAACAUUCUAGACUCUACUUACCAACUUCAAUAUCCAAUCUAAGGAAUUUGGAAACCCUUAUUCUUCGUACAUCAGUUGCAUAUGUUAGUUUACCGCGGAGUAUUUGGAAGAUGGUAAAAUUGAGGCAUAUUUUAGUUAGUGGAAGAGGGAUAUUUGUAAUUCAGAGCUUAUGUCGUAAUGAUCACUUUCCCUUAUCAUUGGAUAACCUACAAACACUCUCUUGUGUAGAUCCUUGGUCUUGCAAGGAUAUUUUCUUGGCUGGGACUCCCAAUCUCAAGAAGUUGGAUUUUCAUGGAGCUAUUUUUAAAUGUUUGGAAAUGUUGAAGUUUCCUGACAUAAGCUGCCUAAACUAUCUCCAAAAGUUGAAAUUGUGUUCCAAAGAUGAUGGAUUGAAUUUCAAUGAUCUUAGAAGUGUUAAGUUCCCACCAAAUCUUAAACAACUAACUUUGAAGGGAGCAUAUGUAGAGUGCGAUGAGGUUUCAAUCUUGGGAAAGUUACUGCCCAAUCUUGAGGUUCUCAAAUUAUCCGGAAUUUAUGAGUGGGAAUGGGCUUGUGAUGCAAGCGAGGUUUUUCCUCGACUUAAAAUUUUAAAAUUAGAGGGCUGGAUGAUUGGGAGUUGGCAAGUUUCUUGCAAUUACUUUCCUAGCCUUCAGCGAUUAGUGCUUUCUGGAUUUCAAGACCUUGAUAUUCCAUCUCAAAUAGGGGAUAUACCCACACUUCAGAUAAUUGAGGUGCGUCGGUGCUACCAUUCUGUUGUGAAAUCUGCUAGGAAAAUUAAGGAAGAGCAAAACAGCAUGGGAAAUAAUUGGUUGCAAAUUAUUGAAUCUGACAAUGUGCCGGAGUGAUUUAUACAUGGGUUCGAGGAAAUAAUAUGAAAGUACUUGAGGCACUUCCUCUUCUUUACUGCUAUUUUUCACUUCAUGGGCAAAGAUACUCCAUAGAGGGCUGUAGCUGAACAAAGCGGAGUGGAUAAACUCACGUGUAUGAAUCACUUAAGUUGAAUUUGGAUUAUAGAUUUUGAUUGGAAUUUGGAUUGGAAUAGAAAAAAGGGAGGGGAUAUGGAGGGUGUAAUUCGGCUAGUCUGAGGUGUGCAGCAUAGGGUUAAGUGUCGAUUGGAUUUUCGAAGGCUGAAAGUAGAAGAAGAACAAAUCUGCUUAAUUGGAGAUUUGGGAUUGCAAAUUUUGUGAUCAUGCUGUCCAGCAUGUGGAGAAAGACUCACCGAAGUCCCUCACCACCAUUGCUCACGUCGAUCGCACGUCGCCACCGCUGCAAAUCGCCAUCGCCAAUAAUUUUCUACUUCACACUGUUGAUGCAUCAAUCGAACCCAGAUUGGGGUAAUUUGGUUUAAUAUGGUGAUAUGUAAUAAGUUUCUCCUAAUAUUGGAUCCCUAGUAAUCAAUUUCCUUUGUUGAGAAAGAACCCAGAUUGGAUGUCUCUCUUUCCUUUCUCUCCAUCGGCAUCAAUUUUCUUCCUAUGAAUGAAGAUCAAUCGAAAACGACAACAUCGAUCGCCUCCUUCUCGUCCAUUCCGAUCUCUUCUGUCUCAUUCACCAGAUAUGUGACAGGUUUAUUAACCGUAGGAUGGCGCAGAAGUUCUAUGACAAAGCUCUAACGAUUGGCCUAAAAGGUUAUGCUCAAUUGCACCAGACCGUCAUAUCCCGUCUUGCAGAUUGGGAAGGCAUUGAAAAGGAAUGCAGUUUUCAUCAUAGUCUGAACUAUAAGUGGAAAAUGGCUGGUGCAAAAGAUAGGCAAAGUGUUAUGGAU